UUAUAAGAGGAAAGAAUUAAUUUAAUAUACUCAUUAAUUACACUGAUUUACGCGUGAUUUUGUCAUGCAUUCCUAAACUAAUACGGAGUAGCAAAUAAGAAAAUAUAUUUAAUGCUUAUUUAUAACUCUAAGGCUAAAUGUAGAAUUACCCAAAAAAAUUAUUAUUUUUUUGUUGAAACAAUAUUUUAAUUAGCUUUUAUUGCUACUAGCACUUGCUAUAUAUGAGUAUUACCUUGCUACGUACAUUUCUCACUUUGUUAUUCACACAAAGAGAUCUAAUCAUGGGCUUAAAAACUUUUUGUUUAGGAUCAAUUUUGUUUUCCAUGUUGUUUAUGCCUACACUUUUGAAUGCUCUUACAGUGUCGGACAUUCGAGAGUUGAGAGCUAAACACCGGUUGUCGAGUUUGUUGGUGUUUGGAGACUCAAGUGUUGAUCCCGGCAACAACAAUCGCAUCACAACCACGUCGAAGAGCAACUUUUUACCUUAUGGGAAGGACUUCAUGGGUGGUCACCCUACCGGAAGGUUUAGUAAUGGGAAGCUUGCAAGUGACUACGUAGCUGAAGCAUUAGGUUAUGCAUAUACAGUACCAGCGUUUUUAGACCCAAAUAUAACAAAACAGGAUUUGCUACAUGCUGUUAGUUUUGCUUCUGCUAGCUCUGGUUAUGAUGACCUCACUGCCAAUCUCACUAAUACCAUAUCAUUGACUAGACAAGUAGAAUACUUCAAGCAUUAUAAGAUACACUUGGGACAGUUUGUAGGACACAAAAAGGCAGAUGAAAGUAUAAGAAAGGCUGCAAUACUAAUGAGCACGGGCACCAACGAUUACCUACAAAAUUACUUCUUGGAGCCUACUCGUCCCAAGCAAUUCACCUUAGAUAAGUACCAAGAUUACUUGGUCUCUCGCAUGCGUCAUGCCAUUGUGGAGAUGCACAAGGUUGGAGCAAAAAGAAUAGCCGUAGUUGGUGUGCCACCAUUGGGUUGCAUGCCCGCGGUGAAAACAUUUGUAGGUGAUGGAAUACAUUGCGUUGAUAAAAUUAACAAAGCAGUCUUAUCUCUUAACUCUAAAAUAGAGAAAGAAUUGAAGACUAUUGAAACUCAAUUGAACAUGAAAACGCUCUUUAUUGAUGCUUAUAAAGUCGUUGACUCCGCAAUUAACAACCCAAAGAAAUAUGGUUUUAGUGAGACAACAAAAGGAUGUUGUGGGACAGGAACAUUUGAGGUAGGUGAUGCAUGCAAAGGCUCAGAAACAUGCAAAAAUCCAGAUAAAUAUGUAUUUUGGGAUGCUGUUCAUCCUUCUCAAAUGCUGUACAAAAUCCUUGCUGAAGUGACCUUGAAGUCUAUCCCAUCCACUUUCUUUUUCUAAUGUAAAUACAAUUACUGAAAUGUCAAAGAAACCUAUGUAAGGCUUUGAGUUAGCUUUCAUUUGUGUUUUGAACAUCAGAAGAUUUUUCUAAGAACAUCUCUUCUGUUCUGUCUACUAAAUAUUUGUUUUUUUCCAAAAAAUCAUCUGUCUUGUUUCAUGAUGAUGCGGCGUGUAUACUACUUCCUACGUCGUCUCCUUUCGUUUGUUCCAUAAACUAUUGCUGUUACAUCUUUAAUUGAUUAAUAGUUGUGUGGAGUUAAUGUAAUAAGAGAAAAAUUAAUGAAAUCAGGACAUCAGUGUAUGUAGUGAAAAA